GACCUGUCAAUAGUCCCGACAGUCCCACGUACAGUCCCAGGUACAGACGUCCGUCCAUCUUACCGUAUCUACAGCCCUACAGAGACAAUGGAGAAGCACGGCGUGGUACCAGACGUGAUCGACGCCGCACCGAAAGGUGUUUUGGAGGUUCAGUACGGAGCGCAGAAGGUGGACUUUGGGAACGAGCUGACUCCUACACAGGUAAAGGACAAUCCCACGGUUCUGAAGUGGGACAGCGAACCGGGAGCCUUCUACACUCUCAUUCUAACAGAUCCUGACGCACCCAGCCGUGCCAACCCGGAGUACAGAGAGUGGCACCAUUGGUUGGUGACCAACAUCCCCGGAAAUGACGUCAGUAAGGGGGAGGAGCUAUCACAGUUCGUUGGGGCGGGGCCACCUCAGGGCACAGGCCUACACCGUUACGUCUAUCUGAUCUACAAGCAGCCCGGCAAGAUCUCGUGUGAAAACGAGCCCAAACUUACAAACACCUCCGGGGAAAACAGGGGAAAGUUUAGCGCCCGUGACUUCGCGAAGAAGCACGCCCUGGGUGCACCUGUGGCGGGAAACCUGUUCCAGGCGCAGUAUGACGACUACGUGCCGAUCCUGCACAAACAACUCGGCUUCUAACCGGAACCAUAGCAACAGAACUUUGUAGUAAUACCCAACAACGUCUAUCGAUAAUAACAAUCUGACACCCAGCUGUCGUUGGCGCAUUUAAUGAGCGACAUGAUAUUCUAUGUUUUCUUUAAGUGACAUUCAAUCAAGACCUACCGUGCAUCAAUAAAUAUGCUUUAUAAUGAAUAAACAUGUGAGUUUGA